GAUUCACGCAGGCUUUUCACAAAAUCAGCAGGCCCUGGUUGGAAGAUGAGAUCAAGAUUACCGUUCACAUCGCCGAAACGUUGCAAAGGCAGAAAUACCUCGUCAGGCUCUGUCGGGCGUUGAUGGCGUACGGCGCGCCGACGCAUUGACUAGAGGAGUAUAUGAGAAUGACUGCGAGAGUGUUGGACCUGGACGGCCAGUUUCUGUACAUUCCUGGCUGCAUGCUUAUUUCGUUUGAUGAUGUGUACGGCCAGUUUCUGUACAUUCCUGGCUGCAUGCUUGUUUCGUUUGAUGAAGCCAACUUUAUCGGCCUGCCCAUCUCCUUCAUCCUGGGAUGCGUGCUCGGAUUUCUCCAAUUGAUCAUCGCGCCAAAGUCGGAUCUGUAUGCGAAUGUGUUUGAAACCAGUGCAGCAGUCGUCACCUCGUUUCUGGCACGUGGGUUUGGAAGCAUCCCGUACAACGGGGGACGGCGGCUGUUUUGCUUUUCGGCGCUGGCCCAGUCGUCGAUUACGUUGAUCCUUCCGGGGUAUAUCAUUCUAUGCGGAUCGCUUGAACUUCAAUCAAAGUUGAUAGUGGCUGGCUCUGUCCGCAUGGUCUACGCUGUCAUAUACUCGCUCUUCCUUGGAUUCGGCAUCACCAUUAGGACGGCCAUGUAUGGACUAAUGGACACCAACGCUACGUCGGCAACACCCUGCGCCAGGCCGAUGAACCAAUACGCCUGCUUUGCAUUUGUACCUCUAUUUAUGAUGUGCUUGUGUAUCAUCAACUAG